AGGCCAACCCGAAGGGCUCAUCCCGAAGUUCCUUGGUGGAGAUGGCUUCCAGCCCGUUGCCAGGACCCAACGACAUUCUGUUGGCGUCGCCGUCGAGUGCCUUCCAGCCCGACGCGCUGAGCCAGCCGCGGUCAGGCCACGCCAACCUCAAACCCAAUCAGGUGGGCCAGGUGAUCCUCUAUGGCAUUCCCAUCGUGUCGUUGGUGAUCGACGGGCAGGAGCGCCUGUGCCUGGCGCAAAUCUCCAACACUCUCCUCAAGAACUUCAGCUACAACGAGAUCCACAACCGCCGCGUGGCGCUGGGCAUCACGUGCGUGCAGUGCACGCCGGUGCAGCUAGAAAUCCUGCGUCGGGCCGGGGCCAUGCCCAUCUCCUCACGCCGCUGCGGAAUGAUCACGAAGCGAGAAGCUGAGCGUCUGUGCAAAUCGUUCCUGGGAGAGAACAGGCCUCCCAAGCUGCCCGACAAUUUCGCCUUCGACGUGUCUCACGAGUGCGCCUGGGGCUGCCGUGGCAGCUUCAUCCCUGCGCGCUACAACAGCUCUCGAGCCAAGUGCAUCAAAUGCAGCUACUGCAACAUGUACUUCUCGCCCAACAAGUUUAUUUUCCACUCCCACCGCACGCCUGACGCCAAGUAUACGCAGCCAGACGCAGCCAACUUCAACUCGUGGCGCCGUCAUCUCAAGCUCACCGACAAGAGCCCACAGGACGAGCUCGUGUUCGCCUGGGAGGACGUGAAAGCCAUGUUCAACGGCGGCAGCCGCAAGCGCGCGCUGCCCCAGCCCGGCACGCACCCGGCCUGCCACCCUCUCAGCUCGGUGAAAGCCGCGGCGGUGGCAGCUGCAGCCGCGGUGGCCGGAGGCGGGGGCCUGCUGGGCCCGCACCUGCUGGGCGCGCCCCCGCCGCCCCCUCCGCCGCCCCCUCUCGCGGAGCUGGCGGGCGCCCCGCACCCCCAUCACAAGCGGCCGCGCUUCGACGACGACGACGACUCCCUGCAGGAAGCAGCCGUCGUGGCCGCCGCCAGCCUCUCCGCCGCCGCCGCUAGCCUCUCGGUGGCCGCGGCCUCGGGCGGCGCCGGGGCGGGCGGGGGCGGCGCUGGGGGCGGCUGUAUGACCGGCGUCGGCGUCGGCGUCGGCGUCGGCGCCGGCUCCGGGGCAGGCGGGGCAGCUGGCGCUAAAGGCCCGCGCAGCUACCCGGUCAUCCCGGUGCCCAGCAAGGGCUCGUUCGGGGGCGUGCUGCAGAAGUUCCCGGGCUGCGGGGGACUGUUCCCGCACCCGUACACCUUCCCAGCAGCUGCAGCUGCCUUUGGCUUGUGCCACAAAAAGGAGGACUCGGGCGCUGCGGCGGAGGCCCUUGGGGGCGCGGGCGCGGGCAGCGCGGGUGCAGCUCCCAAGGCCGGCUUGUCGGGGCUCUUCUGGCCAGCCGGCCGCAAGGACGCCUUCUACCCGCCCUUCUGCAUGUUCUGGCCUCCGCGGACCCCCGGUGGGCUUCCCGUGCCUACCUACCUGCAGCCUCCACCGCAGCCCCCUUCUGCGCUCGGCUGCGCGCUCGGGGACAGCCCGGCCCUGCUGCGCCAGGCCUUCCUGGACUUGGCUGAGCCCGGCGGCGCAGGGGGCAGCGCCGAGGCUGCUCCCCAACCUGGUCAGCCCCCUCCAGGGGUAGCCAACGGACCGGGCUCCGGCCCACCGCCUCCUGCGGGGAGCGCGAGCGCCCGCGACGCUCUUUUCGAGUCGCCCCCGGGCGGCAGCGGGGGAGACUGCAGCGCGGGCUCCACACCGCCCGCAGACCCAGGCACCACCCCGGGAUCAGGGGCCGCGUCCGCUGGGGCGGGUCCAGGGGUCGGUCGGGUGCCGGCGCCCCACCACCCGCACCUUCUGGAGGGGCGCAAAACGAGCGGCGGUAGCUAUCACCAUUCGAGCGCCUUCCGGCCGGUAGGCGGCAAGGACGACGCCGAAAGCCUGGCCAAGUUGCACGGGGCGUCGGCAGGUGCGCCCCACUCGGCCCCAGCCCAUCACCACCACCACCAUCACCACCCCCACCCCCACCACCACCACCCCACGCAGCCGCCGUCGCCGCUGCUGCUGCUGCCCCCGCAGCCGGAGGAGCCGGGCUCGGAGCGCCACCACCCAGCCCCGCCGCCGCCGCCCCCGCCGCCGCCGCCACCCCCGCUGGCCCUGCAGUCGCACCACCGAGGCCUUCUGUCCCCCGGGGGUACAAGCUGCAGCUACCCAAGUGAGGACAGCUCUGAGGACGAGGACGAGGAGGAAGAAGAGCAGGAAGUGGAUGUGGAGGGCCACAAGGCCCCAGAGGGCGAGGAAGACGAGGAGGAAGGUCGAGACCUUGAGGAAGAUGAGGAGGAAGACGGGGAGACAGGGGUGUUACUGGGGGACCCCAUAGUCGGCGGCGGCCGGUUUCUGCAGGGUCGAGGCCUGUCAGAGAAAGGGAGCAGCCGAGAGCGCGCGCCCACCGCCUCUGGCGCUUUUCCGCUCACCCUGAACAACUCCAGGCUGCUGCAAGAAGAUGGAAAACUGGGGGACCCCAGCAGCUCCGACCUGCCUCCGCCCCUACCCCCGCCCCUUGCCCCCCAGAAAGCGAGCGGCAGCAGCCCAGGCAGCCCAGUCCACCAUCCAUCACUGGAGGAGCAGCCCUCCUACAAAGAUAAUCAGAAAACUAAGGAAAAUAACCAAGUUAUUGUGUCUGCAAAGGAUGACAACACCUUUUCAGAUAAGAACAAGGAGCAUAGCUUUUUCAUCACGGAUGCUGAUGCUUCUGGAGGAGAUUUUUGGAGAGACAGAUCAGGUGAACACACUCAAGAAACCAACUCACCUCAUUCACUCAAAAAGGAUGUAGAAAACAUGGGAAAAGAAGAACUUCAGAAGGUUUUAUUUGAACAAAUAGACUUACGGAGACGACUAGAGCAAGAAUUCCAGGUGUUAAAAGGAAACACAUCUUUCCCUGUUUUCAAUAAUUUUCAGGAUCACAUGAAAAGGGAACUAGCCUACCGUGAAGAAAUGGUGCAACAGUUACAAAUUAUCCCCUAUGCAGCAAGCUUGAUCAGGAAAGAAAAGCUUGGUGCCCAUCUCAGCAAAAGCUAAAAGGUGCACAGACCCACUUACUCUUGUUCUCUUGUAAGAUACAGCCUACUACUGAGCACUUCAGACCUACAGAAAGGCUGCACAUUGAAAGGGCUUGGGAAUCAAAUGCAAAAUCAGGUUCAGGAGAACCCAAGGACAAGUGACCUCAAAGCAGCAUGGACAACCAUGUAAAAUAGACUGUAGCAGCCAUUCAUUAGUGGGGGGAGGGGGGAGCCAACCAGAGCAGUCAAUGCUUGUUGCAUCUUUUGGUGGAACCAAAGUUUGAGUAUUUGUGUUUUUAAAGGACAACCGAACCCAGAGCAGGGAAAGUGCUGUUCACCAACAGACUCGCUGGGAAAUCCAUGGGUGAUCCCAAAAGGUCUCAGUUCCGCACACACGGAGAGACCAGCUCUAUACGAUUGUCUUUUACUUUAGAAGAAGUGAAUCUUAAUGCAAAGAAAACAGAAGACCUGUUCCAGGAGCAGGAAUCGUGUUUAGACAGAUGAGAAAACAUCAGUUGAAGAAACUUGCUUUUCAUAGCAACCUGGACAGACACACGUGGCCCCUUCCUCUCUGGUACUUUGCCUGCUAUAUGAAUGAAGAUUGUAUUCCUCUGGAAAUAUUUUACAGUUUAA